CCCUUUCUCUUUGGAGAAGACAGUCAGCCAUUUUAGGUUCACCAGUCGUCAUUUCACAUCGCUACAGUAGGACGGAGAACGUCAGGACUCAAUUUCAUCAUAUUUCUAUUACAACUGUAGUGGAGAAUUGCCUACUAUGAACUGAAACUCUUCCUAAAAUCAAAAACAAGUAGAUCCUAGUGAAGUGACGCAUAAGCCAGUAGAUUCCAGUGUCGAGUUGUAAUUUUUUGCACCUCAAUGUAGCUAGAGGAAAUGGCUGUGGAAAGCAUGACUGUCCAUCUAAACUCCCCAACUACCAACCACGAACACAACAGUCUCCUGACUGACGAAAGGCCAGAGGAUGGAGAGCUGGAGGAAGGCGAGCUCGAAGAUGAUGGGGGAGAACUGGAGGAGCAGGAAAUGCUUGGAGGUGCGUCUGCAGCAGGAGGAGGUGGAGAUAUGGGUGAUGAAGCAGGCGGAGGAGGUGAGGCAGGAGGGGAAGGGGCUGGGGAGAGGCCUCGGCGAAGUAGGGAGCGCCAUGCCAGCAGCGAUUCUGACGAUGAGAGAUCCCACCGUCGCAAGAGGAAGAGGAAGAAAGAUAGGGAGCGAGAAAGGGAGAAGAGGAGGUCCAAGAAGAAACGCAAAUCCAAACACAAACGUCAUGCAUCCUCUGAUGAUGACCACACGGACUUCAGUGAUGACUCUGACUACAGUCCCAGUGAGAAGAGGAAGUAUAGAGAGUACAGUCCCCAGUACCCCCCUUCUUCUCAUGGAGGCUACGGCGGCCCAAAGAAGGGCGGCUACAUGAAGAUGGACAAGCAGAGCUAUGGAGGGUAUGAUGACUAUGAGGAUGACAACUAUGAGGGGGAGGAAGACGAGGACAUGGUGGAUGAAGACUAUGACGACUUCACCAAGGAGCUCAACCAGUACCGCAAGGCCAAGGAGGGAGGAGGUGGCCGUGGUGGACGAGGGGGCAAAGGUCGUAUGAAAAACCAGAGAGGCCGUGGAGGAAUGAGGGGAGGCAGGAGGGGUAGAGGAGGAGGCAGAGGAAGAGGAGGACGAGGUGGCGGAGGAAAGAUGGGAGGAGACGACGAUGGAGAUGGCUAUGGAGACGACUUGGAGUAUGGAGAUGAUGACUAUGACAACAUGGGGGAUGACGACUACGAUGACUACUCAAAAGAACUCAAUCAGUACAAGAAGUCCAAAGACAGAGGCAGAGGAGGUAAAGGAGGCCGCGGGCGAGGAAGAGGUAAAGGAGGGCGGGGCAUGAUCAGAGGAGGGAAGGGUCGAAACAGAGGGAGAGGAAGAGGCGACAUGGGGAAUGAUGAUGACAACAACGGGGACAUGGACAACGGGGAUGGAGGUGGGCUUGAUGGUCCAGGAGUAGGGAGGAGGAAUCAGAAUGAAAAACACCAGGAUAAGAAAGGAAAGGCCAUCUGCAAGUACUACAUUGAGGGGAGAUGCACCUGGGGGGACCACUGCAACUUCAGCCAUGACAUUGAGCUGCCUAAGAAGAAAGAGCUGUGCAAGUUCUACAUAACUGGAUUUUGUGCCCGAGCUGACCACUGUCCCUACAUGCAUGGUGAAUUCCCCUGUAAGCUGUUCCACACCACAGGUAACUGUGUCAAUGGUGACGAGUGUAUGUUCUCACACGAAGCCCUCAAUGACGACACUCAGGAGCUGCUCAACAAGAUGCUGGCAGAGGAUGCAGAGGCUGGAGCUGAGGAUGAGAAGGAAGUGGAGGAACUUAAGAAGCAGGGGAUCAACCCUCUCCCCAAACCUCCUCCUGGAGUUGGCCUACUCCCCACUCCUCCUCGGCCUGUUCCUGUAGACGCCAACACAGGGGCUGGGGAUUUUUGUCCACCUGUGCCUGUUGACUUUGGAGGUCUUCCUGGACCUAACCAGGGGCCUGUUGCCAGCAAAGGACCGCCGGGACCAGGGCCUGUUCCUGGACCUAAUCAGUGUGCUGGCCCCCCUGUCCAUGGCCCUGAUGGAAGUCCAUUCCAAGGCGGGCCCCCAAAUCCGAGUGGCCCUCCUCCCCACAUGGGCCCCCCACCUCCUUGUUCUGGAGGGGGAGGCGGCAUGGGGAAGAAAAUCCCCUCAUUGUUCGAGAUUAAAGUUCAGCCGACAGGACAGCUGGCUCAAAAACUGGCUGUCAGGAGCCAGACUCCCAGUGGCAACCAGGGUCAGGCUGCCGCGCCUGGGCCCCAAGGGGCACCUGGUGCCACCCCUACCCGCUUCCCUGCCCCUCCAGGCAUGAUGUCCCCUGACAUGCAGAAUAUGGGCCCCAACCUUGGGAUGAACCAGGGGCCCCCCAACAUGGUCCCCGGCGGACCGCCCAUGAUGGGAGGAUUUGCAUCUGGUGACUGCCCCCCACAUGGAGGUCCUAUGCCUCCAGCUCCUACUCAGGGUGGAGGCAACUUCUUCAAUAACUUCUUCAAUCAGCAGGAGGGUAUGAAGAUGGAGGGAGUGGUACAAGAAGGUGACAACUAUCAGGGUUUUGCUGGCAUGGACGAGAGAGGCGGAGCAGGGAAAUUUGGUAAUCAGUCAGGUGGUCAAGAUGGCUCUGCUAAUGGAGCAUCAGCCAGUCAGGGAGGGAUUUCUGUUCCUGACUUCCUCCCUCCAGCGCAACGUGUCCUGUUCAUGAGGAUCCAACAGAAGCAGCAGGAGGAAGAGGAAAGAGCUCGCAGGAUGGCCGAGGGGGGAUCAGAGAAGAGUAGAGACACUGAAGGUGAUUCAGGGAACUGGUACUCCAGUGAGGAUGAGGAUGGCGGUGGUAGUGUGACCUCAAUCUUGAAGACGCUCCGUCAGCAGACCCAGGCUCCUCAAAAAUCUGAUGGCCCCCCAAGCGACCCUCGCUUGCAGAAGGCCUCCCCGGCCAACCCUCCAGCUCGCCCCGCAGACCCCCGCUUGGCUCGAGACCCACGCCUGGCACGUGCUGUAGAGUCGGCCCAAAUGUCCGACCCCACCCACUCCAUGCCCACUCCAUCUUCCUCUGGACCCCCUGCAGACCCCAGGUUAGCCCGACUAGCUGCUGCUGCUUCAGUUGGAGCCACCUCCCACUCGCCUCCUGCUACUAAAGCGGAACCUCCUCUGGUCUACAAGCCCCCUCCACUUACGACCCCAACGGUGGAUGAAGAGGAGACGGAACGGGUUCUGCGGGACAAGCCAGUACCAAUUCCUCUGGACCCGCUCAUGGGCAUGGCUCUGAGAGACCCACGCUCGCAGCUGCAGCAGUUCAGCCACAUCAAGAAGGAUAUUGUCCUCCACAUGCCGGCCUUUGCCAAAACCAUCACCUGGUCACCUGAAGAUCUACUUCCACUCCCUAUCCCCAAGCAGGACCUCCUUCCACUCCCACCAGGCAUCCCUCCUGUGUCCUCUCUAGACCCACGUCUGUCCCGUGCUCAACAGCAGCCCCACACAUCGCUCCCUCUCUCACAGCCUCCUCCCGUACAGUCUCCUCCCUCCUUGGACCCGCCGGCUCCCUCCUCCUCCACCUCCUCCCUCCCAGACUUUGAGCUGCUGUCUCGUAUUUUGAAAACUGUCAACUCCAGCCCGUCCCAGACCCCCUCCCCUCCUCUCUUACCCACCCCUGCUGCCCCUAUGUCAUUGCUGGGUCCACCUCCCGCCGUGCCUCCUGUACCUGCAGAAAAGCCUGCUGACCCCCGUGUUGCCCGUAAAGGCCCAACAGACCCCCGUCUCCAGCCACAGAAGUCAGCACUGAAGCAGCCAUCAGAACCCGCACCUCCUCCUGUCACCUCUGUAUCUCCAGCAACAACAUCUAGCCCCCCUACCAUUGCUCCCUACGACCCCAGGCUGCUCUCCUCAGGUGGGGCAGGGCGCGGUGUGGGGGCUGGGGCACCAGGGGGAGCCAGUGUCCUUAGCAGCAUUAGUCUAUAUGACCCUCGGACUAACAAACCAGGCAGCCCUGGUACCAGCAGUGGCUCUAACAACUCCCCCAACUCAGUCAGCACAGAGUCCAAACCUAGUGAACCCACGACAGGUAAACCCAAGUCCAAGGAGCCCCUGUUUGUUCGGAAGUCUGCGUUGGACCAGCCAGAGCCAGAGAAAAGUGGAGAACAAGGGACCGAUCGAUACAACAGCUAUAACAGGCCCCGGCCCAAGCCUGCACCCUCGCCUAACUCCACUGCACAGGGAGGCCCCAUUGCAGCUGGGGCAGCUGCAGCUGGAGGUCAAGGUGCUCCUGGAGCUGCUGCAGACCAGGGGCCUGCAGGCGUCCACAACCUACCAGUGUCCUCUUUAUUUGGUGUGGUGAAGCAGGCGACCAAGCCUGGUGGGACAAGUAGCCCCUUUGGAGGAAACAGCCCUGCGCAGCCUGACCAGGCAGCCACAGAGCAGGACAACGCCUCACUGAAGGACGUUUUCAAAGGCUUUGACCCCACAGCCUCGCCCUUCUGCCAGUGACCCCCUGACCCUGGAACCAUGAAGGCCAUCACAUGGUUGGACGUUGGUUUGUUUUAACAUUUUUGGACACUGAGCAGAUUAGUGAAAAUGACAGAGAAAAGCGCACUGAGGCAAUUGCCUGUAAGACUGGUUAAGAAAAACUUUGUUCACAAACUGAUGUUACACAACAUGUUUCAUGCUCACACAGACACACUUUACCGCAGUGUUGCAAAUUCAGAUUCUAUAAAAGACUCUCGGGUUGUGGGAAGGGUUUAAAAUUAAAUCUCUAAAUCUCUAUUUUAAACAAAGUUAUUGAUGUAUAAAUAAAUGUAUUCUCUUCAUCUCAGUGCUUAAUGACAAAUAAUUAGACAGCAGCAAAAACACAUUUAUAUUCACAUCUUUUUUCAUUAUUCGUUGCAUUUCAGUUCCUCAGCUACAUUUUUUGUAAAUGUUCUCAACUAUAAACUAUUUCAUGUGCUUGUCUAUAUUUUUGGGCAGUGAAAGUUGGCAGUGCUUUUGGUGAGCAGAUAGCUUACAUUUUUCUUCGCAGAUUUUCACAACAGAUCAUUGCUUAUUUGUGGUUUUUUGUAGUUAAAACCGGCAGUGUGACAACUCCUUUAGCGCUGUUGCCCAUCUGAAACAUAUUGUCCUCUAUGUCACUGCCUUUGUAUCCGCUGUCCUCUUUAUUCCUUUUAGAAACUGCUGAGUUUUGUCAUACAAAAGCAUAUAUUUUGUCAUAGUGGCUCACCACGUCACAGUAGCUGCAGAAACACUUGCAAAUAUCUCAACUUAAAUCUAUAUUCUGCUUGAUUUGUUUUUUUUAGUAUUUAUUUUUCUACUUCUUUGCACUGUCAGUUUGUGUCCUCUGAGGGUUCUAUUAAUAUUUUCAAUGUCUGUAGCUCCUCCAGCUGUUCACAUACGGUUUCAUUUCAGGUAUUUAGCUCUUACCCAAAACAGGUAAAUUUGCAGUUACAGGAAGUGAUUUAUGACCUUUCAGUACUGCCUCUCUAUACCACUACACCACUAUUGCCCCCCCCCAUCCCCAUUUAUUUAAGAUUUCCCUUUGUUGCUAAAGAAAGAAAAACUUUCAAGUGAACAUUUUGUCUUAUCAGUCUGUGAAAAUGGAGAGCAUCCAGUUCAUAAAUAAUAGCUUCUCUAGCUUUAAGGUGAAAAAAUCAUAUUGCCCAAAGGUUCAACCUGUAAUUGGACAACCUUGGGCGGCCAACAUUUAUUUAUUUAUUUUUCACCUUGAUCAGAAUAGGAAACUUUGAUUUACUGAUUCAAAUUUCAUCUAGAUUUUAGCUUUUAGUUAUUUAGUUUUAUGAACUGUUCUGUUAGGAAUGGAAAGAAAUCCUACAGAAAUCCUGCAUGACUGCAGAUUUCUAAGGAUGGAAAAAAUUGUGUUCUCAAAGCAUCAAUUUACAAGCUUUUGGUUCUAGUGGUUGGUGACAGUGUGACAAUCAUAAACUAGACUUGGACCUAAAAUUUAAUUAAUGCAUGAAUCUUGCAUUGAUCUGUGCAGGUGCUCCUUCUACUUGUCAGUCUGCAUAAAGAGAACAUGACCUGUGUUUUUAAAAAACAAACAAAAAACAUUCAACACAAGCUGAACAUGUUCCUCUCUCUCUCUGGCUUGCGGUAGAAGUAGUGCACACUUCAUGGUGGAAAUGUUCAUAGUUAGGAUGAGCGUUCAAAUCUCAUCUCCAAAUCCUCCCUGACUAGUUUCUUCCUUGCUCCAUAAACAGCUGAAGUCAGAUGUGGCUGCAGCAUCGGAGUCAGGGUGAGGAUAACUAUUUGUUCCCAUUAAGCCGGAGAUUUCAUUACCCGGCUUGUUUGAAAAUCUUUAAAUGUGGGGUCACUGUGGUGGAGCUUAUAGAAGUUUUUGACUUCCAGAAGGUUAAGAUUGUACAACAGCUGUCAGGAUUGCCGUUGACUGUCUUGUGUAUAAAUGUUGAUCAUUUUAAUUUAUUUUUUAUACUUGGGUAAAUAUACUUCCUCACUUGUCAUUUUUGAACUGAAUCAUUUUAUAUGUCAGGAUUCUGAAAGUACCACUCACCUCAGUGGGAUGCAGGCAGCCUGUGUGAAGAGGAGAAAGGCAUAUUUUUUUAUUUGGUUUUGUGUAAAGACUCAAACUAACAAAAUAUUCACUAUUGGCUCCCUCCUUCCAGGCCAUCAAAAAGGAGUGUUAUGAGGCUGAGUUUCAGCUAUAGCAAAUGUGAAAGUUAUUGUUCAUUUGUUCCUUUAUGGCUUUGUUUUUUUGUAAAUUUGUUUAAUCUUUUUUUUUUCUUGCUCUGUAAAUUUGACCAGUAUCCGGUCUUUGGAGGAGUGGAGUUUUCUAACUGUACACUGUAGAUGAGGUUGUCAAAGUAUUUAAAUAAAGUUGAUACAUGAUCAACCAGUUAUAAACCUGUUUUCAGGAUUUAUUUUUAUUUUUAUUUUUUUUACCUCUGUUGAUUCUUUUGACCAGUUUAUAUCUACCGUGGUUGUGAAGCCAAAAGGAAUAAACAUUGCCUUUCCUUUGCCGUCAA